AUGUCUCCAACAAAGCAGAUUUGGUCAUUUGUAAUGGAGGUCAACUUGUGGCACCGCCAUUGUGUCACCCGUCUCGACGGUUGCGGACCACACAACCUAAGCUUCUUCGUAGGCGUAUCUGAUCUUACGAUGAACGAUGCCGCAUUGCUGGUUCAUAGGCCUGUUAGUGUAAGACAAAACAGAGCCGGGCACUCCCAUAGGUGCCUUGCUAAACGACAGCACAUAGUUGGAUUGGCAACGGAAACAAGCCAAGUGUCAUCACCCGGCAAGCCGUCUACUGGUUGUACAAAGGAGAAAAUUCCUACACGAUUUACAUGUCAGUCGAUGGUGCGAACCAUCUCAGCUGAUAUGGCUGAAGCGCGUUCUUACUGUUUGUUCGUCUAUACUGGAUGCGGUGAAGCCUCAAAUCCCGCAGUUCCCGUUAUGAAGAAAAAAGCAGUAUAU